AUGGUACACAAAAACAUCAAGCUCGAAGACUUCGAUUUGAACCGAAGAGAACAGGACUUCAAGGCCCCAAAUCUGCCAUCACCAAUACACAAUCACGCUAAACCGGUUUCUUACUUGGCCGCAGCUGCAGAUAAUGAACCGGGUCGGGUCCAAUUCAAGAUAGGGCGCAAUCACUUCUCCCUUUCUUACACUAAGUUCCUGGACAUAUACCGGAUUGUUGGUGAUGCUUAUAGGCCUAGCCCUGUCUGGAAUGAUGCUGAUCUGGUAUGGCACAACAUUGCAAGUGAUGCUCCCUAUCACCCGAGUGUCUGUAGGAUCUCAAAGGUCAAGAAUCCGACGGUUCGCUAUGCCCUCCGGCUACUUGGCCACACCAUGUUUGCAAGGCCACAGCCGUGUCUGGCAAAGGACGAAGAAUUGCGGAUGGUGUAUGGAGCCAUCCAACGUUGGCUCAACAAUAGGUACGACAGACCGAUACAACGCCCUUGGAUGCGACCAGAGGUGGGAUCCUGGCUUCUUAACCAAUUCUUUCGGGUAAAGCAUGAUGCACUGGGUAGUCAAGACUAUCAGAUCUGCAUUGGAGGCCUGCUUACUCCCAUUUUCACAGCAUGCGGGAUUGACUAG